AACCAACUUGUUCACAAUUUCGUAGUUUUAUACUUUUAUUUGUUGGUAACUUCCACAAUUUCGUAGUUGUUUCUUCGUUCUGCUUUCUUCUCUCUUUCUCCGCAUCUAUAAGAGAGGGAGAGAAAGCCAUUUGGGGUAUUAAGAUUUGAAUCCUCAUUUGAUUUGAGAACAGUUGGAGGCUUCAACAAUGGCGUCCAUCAACAGUUACUGCCCUGCAACGGCUCCUUCAAGUGCAAAAGCAUUCAAAAACUCCAAAAUGUUCAGUGGACUACACUGUAUGAAACUAUUUCCGGCAAAUCGUUGUGCAUCCGAUGUGUCUUUGAUCCAGCUAGGACCCAAAUCAUUCUUCAAUAUCAGGAGCGGUGUUAGAAUCAAAGCCACAUUGUUAUCAGGAGAAGGUGACCUCCGUUCUCAUCACAAUGGCACUAAUGUUGCAGCAAAAAGUACUCUCCUUGGUGACUUAUCAACUAGGAUUGAGAUACAGCCUCAUUCAAUAGCACUUGGUACACUUGCUGCAGAAACCACUCCAACAACUAUUGGUUUUCCUAGUGAUAAUGGUGAAUUUGAUUUAGACCUUCCCACAAAAGGUUUCUCAUCCAUCCCUGAGGCAAUUGAAGAUAUUCGCCAAGGAAAGAUGGUUGUGGUUGUAGACGAUGAGGAUAGAGAAAAUGAAGGAGAUUUGAUAAUGGCGGCAUCAAAGGUUACACCAGAAGCUAUGGCCUUUUUUGUCAAGCAUGGAACUGGGAUUGUUUGUGUUAGCAUGAAUGGGGAUGAUCUUGAGAGAUUGGAACUUCCUUUGAUGGUAGCAUCAAAGGAUAAUGAAGAGAAACUCUGUACUGCAUUCACCGUGACAGUGGAUGCCAAACAUGGUACGACAACAGGGGUGUCAGCUAAUGAUAGAGCGACAACAGUACUUGCUCUUGCAUCCAAAGAUUCAAAGCCUGAGGAUUUUAACCGUCCUGGUCACAUAUUUCCAUUGAAGUAUAGGGAGGGUGGUGUUCUCAAAAGAGCCGGACAUACAGAAGCAUCUGUUGAUCUCGCUGUUCUAGCUGGGUUUGACCCAGUUGCUGUUAUAUGUGAGAUCGUAGAUGAUGAUGGUUCCAUGGCUAGAUUACCAAAGCUUCAGCAAUUUGCACUGUCACAUGAUCUGAAAAUCGUAUCCAUUGCUGAUCUUAUCAGAUAUAGGAGGAAAAGAGAUAAACUAGUGGAGCGUUCUUCUGCUGCAAGGAUACCAACUAUGUGGGGCCCUUUCACUGCCUACUGCUAUAAGUCAGUCUUGGAUGGGAUCGAGCACAUAGCGAUGGUCAAGGGUGAGAUUGGGGAUGGCCAGGAUAUUCUUGUGAGGGUACACUCAGAAUGCCUCACGGGAGACAUAUUUGGAUCGGCCAGAUGUGACUGUGGGAACCAGCUGGCACUUGCAAUGCAACAGAUUGAGGCUGCCGGAAAGGGUGUCUUAGUAUAUCUUCGUGGCCAUGAAGGGAGGGGCAUUGGUUUGGGACACAAGCUUCGUGCUUAUAACUUGCAAGAUGAUGGACGGGACACUGUGGAAGCCAAUGAGGAGCUGGGUUUGCCUGUUGAUUCAAGAGAGUAUGGCAUUGGUGCACAGAUACUAAGAGAUCUUGGGGUUCGAACGAUGAAGUUGAUGACAAACAACCCUGCAAAAUACAUCGGGCUCAAAGGUUAUGGUUUAGCAGUUUCAGGGAGAGUCCCCCUUCUUACACCCAUUACAACGGAGAACAAAAGAUACUUGGAAACAAAAAGAGCCAAAAUGGGGCACGUCUACGGCUUAGAAAGUGGUAUCAUAAGUCAAAAUGGUAAGCCAAGAUCUGACAGUUAGACUGAUGGUGUGUCUGAAUCAUAACCCGGGUUCACUGGUUCAGACACAGUAAGGUAACAUCAUCAAAUUCCAUUUAUAACAUAUGAUUUUUUCGUAGUCUUGCAAAAAUUGAACCAUUGUACUACAGAAUAACCGAGAUUUGUGGUGAACAUUUCGGAAAGGAUAUUGAUUCACUAUUUCUUUUUCCAGAAAGUGUAAAUUAGUCAUCAGAGGAAAAUCCUGUUGUCCUCUUGGAAUAUAGCUUUAAAGCAGUGCUACAGGGAAGAGGUUAUCAUGUUAAACUCUAGUGAAUUCAGUGAAAUAUAUUCUUAUACAUGGGAUUCUA